AUGGCUAUUUUUACGGUGAGGUUACCUAAAUACAAAAUAUCCACAUCACUAAUGAAGAUCUGCGUGCAGGACACUUUUCUGUAUGGUGUUAUCGUACCGGUUAUCCCCUUCUCAAUCGCCGAGAGGGCCGGUGUAGCGUUGGAAAAUGUUCAAUUGUGGACCUCGCUUCUUCUGGCAAUCCACGGGGCAGGCCUCUUGAUUGCUUCUCCCUUGAAUAUUGCUUUUCUGGCUGUCGGCCGUGGCUUGCAAGGUGUCUCUGCAGGGAUAGUGUGGACGGUUGGGCUGGCAUUGCUGCUUGACAAGGUUGGACAGCGCAGGAUUGGAGAGGCGAUGGGGUAUGUUGGGAUAGGUAUCAAUGCAGGCAGUCUGAGUGGGCCUCUAUUGGGGGGUGUUGUAUUCGACAAGGGAGGUUAUUAUGCUGUGUUUGGGAUGUGCUUUGUGCUUCUUGGUGUGGAUUUUGUGCUUCGACUGUGUUUACCAGAUGCAGCAGAGUCAUCGGAGAGUCGAGAAGUAGCCGACGAAACAAGCCCUCUUAUUGAAGGGAGAUAUACAUCAGAUCCAGGCAGACCGGCACUACUUCUCCUACUCCAAUCCCGUCGCCUCGCAGUCGCACUAUUUGGCAGCUUCGUCCAGUCCUGUCUAACAUCUGCAUUCGACUCCGUCAUUUCUCUCUUCGUCCAGCAACGCUUCAACUGGGAUUCCACCGCAGCAGGACUGAUCUUCCUCCCUCUUGCCCUCCCAUCUCUUCUCGGUCCGUUGAUAGGCUCACUCACUGAUAGAUGGGGUCCCCGCUACUUCGGAACAGCAGGAUUCCUACUCGCAUCCCCGUGUCUAGUCAUCCUACGCGCCAUCGUCAACGACAGCACCGAAAGUAAGGUCCUACUAUGCGCUCUCCUCUUCCUCAUCGGCAUCUCAAUGCAGCUCGUCCUAUCCCCGUUGAUGGCGGAGAUAUCCUACGCCGUUGAAAGCAUGGAAAGCGACUCGCCCGGGAUAUUUGGAUCGUCGAGUCCGUACGCACAGGGGUUUGGGCUAUCAAGCAUGGCAUUUGCGGGUGGAUUAGUGGUAGGGCCUAUCUGGGCAGGGCUUAUCUGUGAUGCUGCAGGAUGGGAUGCGAUGGUUGGGUCGUUGGGUGUUGUUAGUGGGUUGACGAGUAUCGUGAUGGGGGGUUGGUUGGGUGUAUAGUCAUUCGCCAUGAAGCGGAGAGCUCAUGAAUCAAUAAGUCUGCGUUCUGGUCUUUGUAGGCGCCAUAGUCUAGUGGUUAGGACAUCAGGUUUUGAGAUUCAAGGUUCCUGAGAACCCCGGUUCGAUCCCGGGUGGCGCCUUUCUUCUUCUUCUUCUUCUUUUUUUUUUUUUUGCCUGUCUUCUGUUUGUUUUUCCUCUU